AUGGCUGUAAGUGAUGUUAAUAGCUUGGAUAGUAGCUCAUGUGAUAAGGUUGAAUUGGCUAUGAGAAAAAGGAAAUGGAAACUGCCCAAGUUUGAAGAUUUUAUGCCUGAAACAGAUUUGAAUAACCCAAUCUUUAAGCUUGGUCUAAGAUUUUCCAGUGUCUAUGUUUUUAGGAAAGCAGUGAGAAACUACUCAGUAUUCAGCAGAAGGAAGAUUAAUUUCUUCAACAAUGAUAAAGAUAAAGUUAGAGCAGUUUGUGAUCGGAUCAAGAAUGGAAAAUGUCCAUGGUUUGUUUAUGCUUCAGCUGUAAAUAGAAGUAGCGUGGUUCAAAUUAAGAGUUAUGAAGAGGAGCACACCUAUGGGACUGUUGAACGCAAUGUCCAUGCUAACUCAUCAUGCUUCAAGAUCACAAGUCUACAGAGCAAGGCAAAAGGCAACUGCUCUACAAAGAAAGGAUUUAUUGAUGCUCUGAGGCCAGUUGUUGGUUUGGAUGCUUAUCACAUUAAAGGGCAACACCUUGGCCAAUUACUAUCUGUUGUUGGUGUUGAUCCUAACAACGACAUGUAUCCAAUAGCUUAUGCAACUUGGACUUGGUUUUUCGAACUCUUAGCUGUUGAUCUUGGCAUUGAAAGCAGCAAUGGCUAUGUGUUCAUUACAAAUAGACAAAAGGGCUUAAUUGAUGCAGUGGGUGACAUGUUUCCAAACUCUAAACAUAGGCAUUGCCUUAAACAUUUGCAUGCCAAUUUUAUACUUGCUGGCCAUAGAGGAUUAGUUUUGAAACAACAUAUGGAGGCUGCUACAAGAAGUACAACUAUAUCUUGGUUUCAAGUAGAGAUGAAAAAGCUCCGAGACUGCAGAGAUGAAAAAGCUCUCCAAGAUUUGUCAGGACCAGCUUUUGAUUGGUUGUCAAGGCUUGAUCCAAUGCAGUGGUGUAGAUCUCACUUCAGAACACACUCAAAAUGUGACAUUCUCUUGAAUAACAUGUGUGAGGCAUUCAACAAGUCUAUCCUUGAUGCUAGAGACAAGCCUAUCAUAACAUUGCUUGAGAGGAUCAGGUAUUACAUCAUGUUGUUGAUGGCAAUUAGAAGAGAAGCUAUGGAGAAAUGGGCUCAUGAUGUGGGUCCAAGAGUUUUUACAACUCUUGAGAAGCUUAAGAAGCAGUCAGCCUAG